UUUAUCCUGUUUUGCUCCUCCACUCGUCGUCGCUUGCUUUCAUCGUCGUCGUCAUGACGUCUCUUCCGCUAAACCUCUGCAAAUUUCUUCCCAAACCCAAAUCUCAAGUUCCAGGUUUCGAUCAAAUUCACUUCUCUUCCCUCGAAAUAAAGUCGAAAUCUCGAAACUUUUCAACUUCGUUGCAGCUUUUAGCCAAAACCCAUCUCUCUGUCGUUGUUUCUGAACUUGUCAUCGCUUCCCCAUGCCUCGCUUCCGAAUCGGCUAUGUCUGUGUCCGAGGAAGUUUCCGGGAAGAUCGAUUUGGAGUCGAUUUUGGUUUCCAUUGAUGAUUUCAUCAACAGGUACCCGUUUUUCGUUGCUGGAUGUACUUUCGUCUGGCUUGUGGUGGUACCUGUGGCAAAGUACUACUUGAGCAAGUUCAAGCCCAUCUCCGCCAUGAACGCAUUUCGAAAGCUCAAGAAGCUACCCAGUUCACAGCUUCUGGAUAUCAGAGACGAGAAGGCACUGGCGUCGUUAUCGUCUCCGAAUCUGAAGCUUCUGGGUAAGAGCACAGUUCAGGUUCCGUACAGUGAAGAAGACGAGUUAGGGUUCUUGGAGAAGGUGAAGAGAAGCUUCUCCGAUCCGGAAAACACUGUCGUCUGUGUUCUUGACAAUUUUGAUGGUAACUCCUCGAAAGUGGCUGAAUUGCUCGUGGAGAAUGGUUUCCAGGAGGCAUAUUACAUCAAAGGUGGAGUUAGAGGGAAAGAUGGCUGGUUGGCAAUUCAAGAAGAGCUUCUGCCUCCUCUUGUGCAUAUGUACCGAAGGAAGAAGGUGAAGCCUUCAACCAACAGUCUCAGCCAACGAUCUUCAACCGAAAAUGGUUCUUCGGGUUCGGGUUCUGAAAAUGCGAUGGCCACGCAAAUGGCGGGUGAUGAACAGACGACUGGUGACGGAACUGAAUCAGCGAGGAGUGCCAAAACUGAUUCCAGGCCUUUCUCACCCUAACCAAAGUUGUCAUGUCAAGCCUCUUUCUUCUCUGAAGCAGCUUUUCUCUUAGGGUUUGUCUCCGGGUUAAAGAUUUGUACGUUGGAGAAAGGCAAUGGCCGUGAUCGAAACAUCAUUCAUCUCUUGUGGAAAGCAGUGGCAUCAUCCUUCCCCAUCAUCAUCUGUUCUCUGCCUUUCAAGACAAGCACGUAAAUGGUGAACUUCAGUUCCUCUGUGUUUGUCUGAACAGACUCUUGAGACCCUUUAGAAAAUCAGACACUUAUUCUAGCUGAUAGCGUUUAAGCCGAUUCUUUUUUCAUUUGCGUCGGAUUUCUUGUUCUGAAAUCGUAUAUCGUUACGUGUAUUCUGUUUCUUCGCAUCCCCCGGUUUGAGAAAACAAGAAACUGUUUACUGCCCUUUUCGUCGGAAAUCAAAUCUAUGAAGUUCAUGUU